AUGAAGCGAUGGACGCCCAUCGCUGUGCUGGCUUCGCUGGCUACUAUCGUACUCGGCAAUGAGGUCCAGAUAAAACAAGAUGAUGCCAACCGUCAGCGCUGUUCGGGCAUGUACGCCCGCAGCGAAUGGGCCGGUCCAGUCGACCCCUUCAUCCUCAUAAAGUUCCUCCCACUCCCUACCACGAACCCUCCGGCGUCCAACGACUCCGAUCCGCUCGCCUCACUCAUUCUCUUUGAAUGGAGGGACGAGGAGCUCAUAGGCCGCCUCCCCGACAACGCGCAGUCGUACCUCGACAAAGAGACCAUCUGCGACCAAGCCAACGUCGACCGCCAAUUCUGCACGUCCGAAAACAUCGGACAGUUCAUCCUGGUGCCCAACGCCACAGAAAAAGCACACAACCCUAUAGCCAACGAAGCAAUACACCUCAGAGACCCCAAAGUCAUCAACUACCCAAUACGGCGGACGGGAUACUACUGCGUCUCGACCUACGCCUUCUCGAACCAAGAUUACACCGCCGUGGUCGAAUGGCGGAACGCCUUCGGCGAGCUCCCGGCCGCGCAGAUCGCCAAACUCCCCUUCUACGCCGGCCUCACUAUCGCGUACGCCCUCCUGAUCAGCGCCUUCGGCUUCCUCUACGUCAAGCACCGCAGCGAUGUCCUGCCCGUGCAGAACUACAUAGCCGCAACGCUGCUCUUCCUCGUCGUGGAGCAGCUCAUGACAUGGGGCUUCUACGACUACCAGAACCGCCACGGCAACACGAUCGGAAAUAAGAUCUACCUCGUCGUUGUCGCCGUCCUUAACGCGGGGCGGAUCUCGCUGUCGUUCUUCCUCUUGUUGAUCGUCUGCAUGGGCUAUGGCGUCGUAAAGCCCAGUCUUGGGAAGACGAUGAUCUACGUCCGCAUCCUCGCGAUCGUGCACUUCGUCUUCGGCGUCAUUUACGCGAUUGCCUCGUUGGCCGUUACGCCGGACACGGUCGGGCCGAUCGUCCUGUUCGUCAUCUUGCCGUUAGCCGGCACCCUGACCGCAUUCUACGUCUGGACCUUAUCCUCCCUCAACGCUACGAUGAAGGACCUAAUCGACCGCAAACAAAAGACAAAAGCCCUAAUGUACAAGCGCCUCUGGUGGUGUCUGCUAAGCAGCAUCAUGGUGAUUUUCGGAUUCUUCUUCUACAACAGCUUUGCCCUAGCCGGGUCGAGUGAGGCGGACUUCAUACCGAAUCACUGGAGGGGAAGGUGGUUCGUGCUGGAUGGAUGGCUGAACUGUGUGUAUUUUGUGGAUGUAGCGUUUAUUGCGUAUUUGUGGCGACCAACGGAGAAUAAUCGGCGGUUUGCUAUGAGUGAUGAGCUUGCGCAAGAAGACGACGGCUUCGACCUCCGCUCCGUGCAUAGUCGGGACAGUCUGGACGACUUGGACUCCCCCGACGAUCCCAAUAACGCGAAACGUCGUGAAGCGGAGCUCGAUCUAGAGCGAGACACGUUCGGUGGGUCGUCAACAGCAGAGGCCAACAGAGGCGCACCUUCAAAACCACUGGGACAGCAUCCGCCUUCCUCGAAGCCGAGGCAGUCCUUGGACGGCGAGACAAUCUUCGCCGUAGGCGACGAAGACGCGGAGUGGAGUGAGGGCGAGCCGGAGGACGAGGAUGAUGGUGAAGGGAAGCGGAUGGUGAAGAAAUCAUGA